AUGGCCACGGAGCCGGCAGAAACGCGGCUUGUACAUACUCUGGUGGGCAGCGCUUUGAGCGGCUUGAUCUCUCGGCUGCCGUGCCACCCUCUUGACACCAUCAAGUCCCGCCUUCAAUCUGCCACUGGGAGCGAGUACCGAAGUACCUUGCACUGCUGCAGGAGAACUUUCGCCGAAGAAGGCAUUCGGGGGUUCUAUCGAGGGUUUGGCAUCGUGGCGACUCUCGGCACUCCGGGCGUUUGGCAGGGUGACAGGAAGACCUUGUUGAUGGAUCUCAUCGUUCAGCACCCAGCGAAGGUCUACAUCUCGACGUACGAAAUCCUCAAGUCCUAUCUGGCUCCGGAUGCCGCGCGGCCGCAGCAGACAGCCACAGAUUCCGCUUGUGUAAUGUCAAAAUGGCUGCGGCUCAAGUCUUGGCUCAAAUGUCAUAUGUCCGCAAGCCGGAACGCUGCCACAGAGAAUGUCCCUCCCGCCCACGUGGACUGCUGGUGGCUGGCCCCAACAGCAGAUCGCAACGUAUGGAAGGCUCGGAGCCCCUUGCAACGAGAGACGACAGAUCUGCCGGUCUCACCGCGUGCCGUCGUCUCCAUGGGCGCUUGGGGAAUUCCCGGCGCGCAGCAGGCAGACGCGUUCCUGGGAGUCCUUUCUAUGCCGGCACCCAGUGCCAGAGAGGCAGACGCCAAAGCAGCGGAUGUAUCGGAUAGCACAGUGGACGACUCCAAGGAUGAGGGCUUCCAGAGUUUGUGUCGGGUGUGCCGGGCGCAGAACGUGGAAUACACAUCUGACCUGGUCAUCGUUGCACGCCCGCGGAUGCCAAAGCUGCUUCUCGCGCGGCGGUCAGCCAAAGCGCGCAACCGCUCACCGGAACACCUCCAUCUGGACAGACGGCAGUUGGGCCGCUGCCCGGUCUUGGAGGAGGAGGCACGGCUACGCUUGCUGAAUUAUCAGAACAAUGCCAUAUCGCGCAUCGAACAUCUCGAUAACCUUCCCAAUCUUACUUUCUUAGACUUGUACGACAACAAGAUCCAAGUCAUGGAGAACUUAGAGAAGUGCAAAAAUCUGCGUGUUCUCAUGCUUGGCAAGAACCAAAUCCAGCGAAUCGAGAACUUGAAGACUCUUGAGAAGUUGGAUGUUUUGGACCUGCACAGCAACAGGAUCAAGGAAAUUCAGAACGUGUCGCAUUUGACACAUCUUCGCGUUCUGAAUCUUGCUGGCAAUUUUCUCCCUAACAUUUUCAAUCUGGACGGACUGGUCUCGCUCACUGAAUUGAACAUUAGACGCAAUUCCAUCUCGACGACUGCCGGCGUGGAUCAGGUACCACAGCUGCAGAGGCUCUUUGCGUCGCACAACAAUAUCGUCUUGCAUGAGGAUUUACGAUUCUUAUCUGCAGCCACCAACCUUCGAGAGCUUACCUUGGACGGAAAUCCAAUUUCUGACAAAACCAAGGCCUAUCAUGUCCACAUUGUGACUCUCUGCCCAAAUCUGGAAACGUUGGACAAUGUAAAGGUGGAGGCUCGGAGAUGCAUUCGAGCAAAGCCCGAGUUCAUGGAGGCUUUGGAAGCCCCUUCGCAGCGAAGCGAUGCAGAGAUCCAGGCUUCCAGCUCGAGUGUCCCCGAUCAGCCCGAGCAGUCGGGAGAGGACUCCGAGCCUACUGAGCCUCCGGUUUGCAUCCGGAGUUUUGUUAUUUCACCUUCGCCAUCUGCGGCUUUGAAUGUCGCUGCUGCGACAGAAGAGGCCGUGGAUACUCGUGGUGAGCACACAAGCACGUCCAACGCUGCUGAUGUGCCUUUGGCGGAGUCGUCGCCACCGCCGAGGCCAAAAGGGUCUGCCAGGGGGCGUGAUGGCUUGCCGGCUCGUGCGCUGCACGGUCUGCCCAAGCGGCCGACUACAGCCACAGCCCGGCCAUCGCCAGCCCAACCUGGGCUCACAGAGAGCCUGGCAAUUUCUUCCAUUCGCUCAGGCACGAAUCUGCUGCAGCGCCCUGCCCUUCCAGUGUCGUCUCAGCCCAUGCCGAUGCCGAAGGAACAGAAGACCGGUUCCAUGACGAGCGAGGAGGUGCUCCAAGCCAUCCGCCUGCAGUGGGAAUUGGUGCUGCAGGGCAAGGUUGCAAUGACGCGACACGGAUAUGUGCGAAGAGAGCAAGCCGCCGAGCUCUCCAUUUUUGGCCGUGGUCUGGACGCGCUGGAUAAGAUAGAAUACCAAAGCGUUGUGACCAGCAUUCACUUCCAUUAUAUCUUGAUUGAGAUGCUUGCUGGCGAAAUUGCUCGCCUGUUGAAGUUCAAAGUCUUGAACAGCAUCACCUUCGUCCAAAACCAGAUCCUAGAUCCACGGGCACUGGAGCCAUUUCGCCGGAUGCCUCGCUUGACAUCUAUUGUCAUCAAGGAGAAUCCCGUGUGCUCCGGUCGCGCCACCUUGCGUGUGGGUAUUAUCCGAUGGCUGCCCCACCUUCGCAAGAUUAAUGAUCAAGAUGUCACGGAUCUGGAGCGUGCGGACGCAUGCAACCUUCAAGCAGCCCUGCCGGUGCUCUCCAGCCCAGAUGCGACCGACUCUCCCGAGGACUUGUCUGCUAUGGUGGAAGGACUGAUCAGCCAUGCGUGUACAGUUGAUGAGCGCAUAUCAGCCGUCCACGAGCACUUCGGAGAGAUCGUGCGUGAUGCCAUCCGUGAGGUGUGGUACGACCUGGCCGAGACCUCCGGCACCGUCCCGGCAAUGCCAUUGCCAUCAACAGGGGAUACUCUGGCCGUUGCUCUGAUGAAUGCAAGGCUUCACCAUCGACGAGUAGAGCGUGAGCUUGAGCGCGCAGCAGCUGCAUGCAUAGUCUUCGUCCCCGUUGAUGUCAUCAAAGAGUGCAGAAGCUCGGCCACAGCCUGGGCGUUUGAGAUCCUUGCAAUCCUUGCAACCUGUCGCGUCGUGGUCGAUGCGAGCGCAAGGCCUACCCGCAAGCUCCGGCAGGGAGCCAAGGGUGUGAGCUGCGAUCUCGUGCCGGUGCGUCGCUUCAGGAAGCCGAGGCUCCACACCACCGAGCUAUGCUGGGACCGGCAUUUGCGCGUCGCUGCAGUAGGACGAAGUCCAGCGUGGUGUGAGCGGCGAGAGGAGCUUGGAUGCCCUCCGUGUGAUCUCCCGUACGGAAGGGCUCUUUGGUUUGUACAAGGUGCAGAGAGCAAGCUAUGUACUUGUGGCACUCUUGACUGGGAGCCCCAUCGAAUUGGCUUGAUACGCCAGGGGUACUACGCUACACUCGCUUCCUUUGGCCCCUUCUCGGCCUUGUACUUUGCCUUCUACGAGCAGGCGCGCUUCUCUGCUCAUGGCAUGAGCUCAGCUGUUUCCGUGUGGGUUCCGGCAAAAGAAGAGCCGAAGAGCCACUGCUACCAGCACUACAAUCGCCUUGCUGCCCUGCUCGGAGCUGAGAAAUCGCUGCCUCCAGCUCUGACCUUGCUGGCUUCGGCCUCUGCCGGCACAGCCGUUGUAACCUGCCCUCUGGACCUGGCAAAGCUCCGGCUCCAGACGCAGCUGCGACUCCCACCAGGCGUGGAGAUACCAGAAGGACAUUUGCAUGGGCUACGAGCUGCGCUUGUGGCGUCGAGCGCUCAUCGUCGAAAUCUGAGACUUUGGAAGAAAGCUGUGCUCCUGCAAAGCACAGGUGAAGGAGGCGUGCGCGCCUUGUUCCGGGGAGCAGGUGCUCGUGCGGCUUUCCACGCCCCGAGCACCUGCAUCACCUUCACAACCUUCGAGGAGCUUGCCCGUAAUCAAUCACUGGCACAGCAGGUUGCUUACAACAUCCGCAGGAUUGCUGCGCUUGCAGCCGCAUGCUAUGUGGCUUGCAUUUUUCCAAGGGCUUUCGUAUCACCCACAACUCAGCGUCAAGAACUCACGCAGUCUCAAGGCUUCGUGCGGAGUGACAGGCAAGUGGUGAUGCAGGCAGACGCACGCCCCUCAAUGCAGACGAGCUCUGAGUCAGCCAGCUUCAGCAUGCUUGGCCGCGCCUCUGCAGCGGCACUUUGUGCUUUGGUUGCUGUGUCAGCGGAUAGACGCUCUCGGCAGCGUGCUGAGAAGGUCGUCGUUCGAAUGUUCCCAACUCGGGCACGCAGCAGACAAAAGACCAUGCGCCGCUUUGAGCCAUUCGGAGAGAUGCCCGCCUGGUCGCGCAAGCCUCUUCUGCGAAAGAGACUCAAGCAGCCGUGGCGAAAGCGCCCCACGAAGAAGUUGUCCAUGAAGGGUCGCUACUGGAUAGAGAGGUCGCGCGUCGCCUGCCACUACAACAUCAACAUCGCGCAGUUGACCAAGUAUGUCCUGCGUGCCUUCAAGGAGGGCCGAAAGCACCCAAUCGACUGUCUUAUGCAAAUCCUGGAGAGCCGUAUCGACAACUUCCUCUGGCGAGUGGGUCUGGCACCAACCAUGGCAGCUGCCCGCUGGAUGGUCCGAGAGAACCACAUCCAGAUCCGCCACGCCCCGAAGGACAGCGAUUGGCAGCCACCAGACUGGGUGACGACGAAUGUGCCAUCGACUCUCCUGAUGCUGGGCGACGAGAUCCGCGUUCGCCCGAAGAAGAGGUCCAUCGGUCUCGCCAACAAGCAUCAGGACGAAGAGGGCGAGGUCGACGUUCCCGGCCAUUUGGAAUGGGACCGCCAGGAGCUGAUUGGCAGGUACAACGACGUUUGUGACUCAAACGAGAUUGGCAUCAACGUUUGCGAGGAUUUCUUGCUCUACAAUUUCUUGGGGCCUGAGGGUGUAAGGCAGCGGCACAUCCGCUGGUUCGAGGGCACCACCAUCCCAAUCCCGAAGAUCUACAAUGGCGGGCGCAUCCGACCUACGCCCGAAAACAUCCUCAACAUGAAGAAGGGAGCUGGUCUCCGCCUGCGCGGUCGCCGCCGACCUCCAGGGCUGUGGGGCAAGACGGGCAGCACCAUGCUCAACAACCCUUGGGAGUUCGGCAAAAAGGUCAAAGUCUGCUUCGUGCGGAGUGACAGGCAAGUGGUGAUGCAGGCAGACGCACGCCCCUCACUGCAGACGAGCUCUGAGUCAGCCAGCUUCAGCAUGCUUGGCCGCGCCUCUGCAGCGGCACUUUGUGCUUUGGUUGCGGUGUCAGCGGAUAGUGUGGGUUCAAGUGCAAAGCAGGAUCUGAAGUUGAAGGAUUUCUCACUGUCCUCGCCUAGCAUGCCUUCCACGCCACUUCCGGCUCCGCAGCCCAUACCCGAUGGUUACAACGUGGCCCCGCCGCCGGCCAGACCACUUCUGCUCUUCAUCACGAACGUCAAGAAUGCAAGAACUGUUUGGGUGGAGAUCUCCAUCAAUGACAACGUACACAUGCUGAAAAGAUAUACCUCCAGAAAGAUGUUGAUCCCAGUUGAAGACAUGAUCCUUGUGUACCAAGGAGAAGAGCUCAAAAACGACACUCAGAUCAAGCAAAGUAAGCUUGAUUUUGUCAUCCAGAAGGCUGCAGAAGGUGAGCCAUCUGCAGAAGACUGCACCAUACACUUGAUUGACAUAAAGGACACGCCGGCCGAAAUACGCGAACAGCUUGCGAUGGGAUGCCGCUCUUCCAAGAGGUGUUGCUGCGUGAGUUCUUCCUGCGAGGGGCAAAUUGAGAAUGGUCCCGCUGACACUCCAGGGGCAUCUUUUCGCUCCACUCGCUAUGUCCUGAAUCGUGAGACAGGCAAAGUCUUCGAAGAAGUCAUUCCCGGCCCAGUAUGGUCCAUUCUGAAAGGACUGUAUGCGACCACAGCGUGCGGCAUAGUUCCAGCCCAUCCUCUCAGAUGCUGUCUUCGGAGGCUGACACAACAUGCGGGUCGCAAGAUGCGCUCGGCAUCUAGCAAAAAGGAUGUCCGGAAGUUUGUUGAUGUUUACAGCAUUGACAUGGAGGAGGUGUUACUUCCACUGAGCGAGUUCCGCACGAUGAAUGACUUCUUUACCCGCGAGCUCAAACCAGGAGCACGACCCGUUGACUGCCCCGAGGAUGCAACCGUUUUUGUCAGCAGCGCAGACUGCCGAGCUAUCGUUUUCCCAAACUUUGAAGAGGCGGCACGCGUUUGGAUCAAGGGAUACAAGUUCUCAGUGGCAGAACUCCUUGGAAACUCCGCUGCGGCGGAGCCUUUCCUGCGGAAGUCAGGCUGUUCCGUGGCUGUUCUCCGCCUAGCACCGCAGGAUUACCAUCGCUUCCACUUUCCCUGCGGCCCGGGCCAGGUGUUGAGCCAGAAAUGUUUAUCCGGGGAGUAUUACUCAGUGAACCCCGUGGCCAUCAACAACUCCAGUGUGGACGUCCUCACUGAGAACUGUAGAUCUGUGAGCAUUUUGCAGCACGCUGGGUUUGGCCUGGUCGCCUUCGUAGCCGUGGGUGCCACUCUGGUGGGCUCUGUCGAACUUCUGCGAAAGGAAGGCUCAGAUUUCCAAAAGGGAGAUUGCUAUGGGUAUUUCCAGUGA